AUGUCGCAGCACGCCAGCUUCGACGUGGUGAUUAUCGGCUCCGGCUUCACGGGGCUCGGUGUGGCCGCGGUCUUCAACAAGAAGGAUCCCAGCCUGCGGAUCGUCCUGGUAGCCAGGGAGGAGAGGCCCGGAGGCAUCUGGACCGAAGCCGCCAACACCGUGAAGCUCCACCAGCAGACCUACUUCUACGCCCUGCCGAACAUCCAGCAUGACGAUGCGGAGUGCCACAAGAGCUCGGUGCAUCAGGCUAUGAGCUACCAGGUCAGGACCUACGCCGAGAAAGUGGCCCGCACCCUGGGCUGUGCCCUGCUCACGGGCGAGGUCGUGGGGGUGGCCCUGGAUGGGAAACAGCGGGUGGUCCAGUACCGGGCCGGGGGCGACGUGAAGGAAGUCCGCGGUGACCAUGUCAUCCAAGCCACAGGUUUCGACAACUACUCAGGUGUUCCGCGCCUGCUGGGGGUUCCUCACGAGGUGCACUCCAGUGCCCUCAAGAAGGUCACCGGAAGCCUGCGAGGGAAGCGUUGUCUUGUGAUCGGCAGCGGGAAGUCCACGAUCGAUGCCGCCAAGUUCCUGAUCCAGGAAGGCAACAAGGUAAGAUUCAUCUAUCGAAGUGCCUGUGCCUACGUCCGAUGGGGUUUCAACAGCCCUCUGAGUGACAUCCUGCAGUGGUUCCACCCCUUCAUCCACUUCACGAUGCUGGAUGAGAGCGUGACACCGGAAGACUGGAAGUAUGACUACUCACAGGACCUGGACUCUUUGGAUUGGUACGUUGUGGGAGAUCCGAGGACGUGCCAGCAGGUACGCGAAAAGACUCGCGGAGGUAUCAUUCCACUCCGUGACUUUCUCCUAAUGAACCUCCUUCUGCAUGGAUAUGGCAUUUGUGGUGAUGCCAGCCAGAUGCAGUUCCGCAAGGAAGCCGAUGAUACCGUCAGCUGCAGUGCUUUUCCCGGCGAGAAGUUCGAUCAGGUUGUGUCCUGCACGGGCUAUAGCGGUUCCAAGAGUCUUUUUCCGCACUGCCUCAGUGCCGUGACUCCCAUUACUGACCUGCACGUGCACAAUGCGUGGAUGACAGGACACCUGCUGUACCACAUCAUGAACGACCCGGAGAAGGUGGCGAGCUGGAACGCCCUCGCCAGCCACAAGCACCCCUUUCCCUGGCACGGCCACUAUGCCAAGGUGCGCCAGUGGUGCGCUCAGCACGUCGACAAAGUCAUCACAGGCGCCAAGGAGGAGAUCGACGUCGCGAUGCGGAAGGCCUCCCAGCUGCCGCCCAACGCCCUGAGCCCCGGAAGCCACCGGCUCCUCGCCGUCAAAGCCCUGACGCAGCUCGAGCAGCUCUUGGUCUCCUCCUGCAAGCUCUGCAUCAGGGCGAUGUGGUACUUGGCCCCGCGGCCCCUGAGCCGUGGCCUCCUGGCUCUGUGCUGGGGUCACCGCGACCGUGCGCGAAGCACCUGCUAA